GUGGCUUGAAGAUGAAAGUGAAGCCCAAGAGAAGUUACUGUAACUACCUCCUACCCUACAAGUCAAGUCCAUCAUGUCGUCCUAAGACAGCUGUCAUCACGAUGGAGAACAUGCAGCCUGAGAAAAUUGCAGAGAAACAAACUGAAGAUAUAGCAAAUAAUGACAACAUCUAUGUAUUCCAUCCUGGAAUGGUGCCUCCUUCCAGACAGAUGUUCUAUCAGUACUGUGAUAUUGAUGUGCCUGAAAUUCAAGAGAUGUUGGAAAAAUUACCAGUUCCACCACCUGGUGCCAAAUGCCAUGAACGCCUGGGAUGGAUGCCAAGUGGUAUGGAUGACAGAUGCCGGGAAAUUAUCAGCAAACUCGUCACUGAAGUUCUAAAGCAAGAAAAUGUGUUCAUACCAUCCAAUGAAACCGAAAAACAAAGCAGAGAGCAAGAAAAGGACAGUGAUGAAGACUAUGAUUUUGAUGAUGAUUAUGUUGAGGGUGAUGACAGUGAUUGAUGGCCAAAUGAUCUGUAUUAGAAAUGA